AUGAACCGGUGGGCUCUUUUCUCGUCCGACAAUGACGACGAUGUGGAUGAUGUCGUCAGCGUCGCGGGCGCAGGUGCAGGUGAUCGAGCCAUGUCUGGCGCAUUGGGCCCACUCCUGGCGCUGGAUCCGGUUUCUACAGGUAGGGCGUCUCAGCUCUACUCCUCGAGCGUUGACAGGGACAGAAUGAAUACAGCCGCAGUGCAGCUUCCUGAGUCCAGCAAGGUGACAGCCACUCGUCGAAACCUGUCGCAGCUCUUCGGCGCGGGCCCUACGCCACUGACGACGCCGGCAGAAGCCAGCUUUCCGAGUCAGCCCUCAGCUAUGGAGAACACUGCCGCCAGAAAUCUUGCAAACGGCGCUGCAGUUGUGACUGGCAGUGGGGCCACAGAAAUCACUGCCUUCUUCGCUCCGCGGUUCGAUUACGAGGGCAGCAGCAGCACGGGUGCUGCAAGCGACGUCGCCGCUGCGGUCGUGGCUGCCACAGGUGAGGCGGCGGCGGGGCUUAUCACAGCGGAGCAUGCAGUAGUGCAAGCGUACCGUGACUCCCUGUACAGCGGCACGUGUAUCCUGGCACUAUGUGUGCCCUCUGCUCCUACCUCCGUAGUCACCACCUCUGCUGCUUCACCGCCGUCAGUCGCUUUGCGCCGACACCUCCUGCGUGAGAAGCAAGGGGCUGGCGCUGCGUCAAAUGUGGCGGCCUGCGGUCCCACGUUAUUGCUGGUCAGUAGUAACCGCCAGGUGCUCUGUCGUGUCGCUCUCGACGCCACCGACGGUGUGUUUGCUAGCGACUCGCUGCAGCUGCGCCAAGACGCUGCUCAGCCGCAGUACCUCACCUUCUUCGACGCCGGCUGCACUGGUGCCCGCCGAAAGAGUUCCUCUCAGAGGUCUGCAGGAGGUGGGGGCAGCAGCAGGUGCUGGUGGACGUGUAUGUUUCCAAACCGCGACAAAGCGAGCCGUUUUCUUGUCUCGAUCUACACUGUCGCGCAGUACGCGGCGGUGCUGGCUAAUCGUGAAGGCACUACGUCGGCGCCUGUUUCAUCCGUGCGCACGUUGCCCGCUCCACCGCUUUCCAAAACUGACAAGGCCGAGGCCGCGGCAAUGGGUGGAGCACCGGACGUGGUCCGCCCAGACGUGCCAGCGACCAUCUGCUGGCAAACGUGGGCGCUAUGUCGCGUCAGCCAGCAGUCCCUCUACUGUCUUCCAGGCAGCUGCAUUGAGUCAGUACUACCGUCGACACCACGGGCUGUGGCGGCCACAGAUGGGACGCUCUGGGAUGCGGCGGCAGCAGCGCUAGUGGGCAUGCAAGCGGGUGAGUCACGACUCGUCUUCUUGACGCCAGAAGAAACGCGCACGCGGCAGCCGACAUCGCGAGCCGACUCACACCGGUCGGACCGUCCUGGCAGAGGCGCUCUCCAACGCCCUCUCGACACCCCGGCAGUGAUGUACAUGACGUGUCUGGAGGUCACCUCAUCCCCAAUUGGCACACCGAGGCCAUCGACUCCGGCUGCUGCUAGUGACUUGGCACCGCUGCUUCCGCACCCUACCCCUCCCGCACCUGCCACUGCCACCGCGGGGGAACAGCCACCGCUUGCAGCAGCGCCGUCACAAGUGCCUGGCACUGCCAACGCGCAGUCCACGGACGUGCUGCUCCAGCAGCUCCUCCUCCACUUACUGCAACAGCAGCCACAUGAGCCGCUACCGAACGCCCACACAUCACACCAGGGGCCAUCACACGGCUGGGGGGACAUGGAGCGCGCACUGACUCGCGUGCAGGUGCAGCUCGGCUCCCUUUACGAAAAGAUCGACCGCCUUGACAUUGAAGCAAAACUACAGCACAACAACACGGAGUUGGAGCGUGUCAUGCGGAGGGUGGUCGGGCUGGCGCCGCAGGAGGAGGUCGCCGUCGAGGAUUCCCUGAAAGACCGGGAGAAGCUUCUUGCCAGCAUCGAGCUCUACCGCCACAAGUACGAGGAGGCGAACGCAAGCUACCAACGAGCGCUGGAGGCGAUGGGCCGUUCGUCCGACCGCGCUCAGGCGUUGGAGAAGGACCUGCACCUGCAGCAAGACCUAUGGGCUCAGCAGCGGAAGGAAGAGGCGGAGCAGAUGCGUUUGCGGCUGGUGGAGCGUGAUGCGCGACAUCGCGAAGAACUGGAGCGUGUGAGCAUGGAGCGGUACGCCGCGGGCAGGUCGGACGGUCACGCCGCAGGCUACCGAGAAGGCCGUCAAGCGACGCUGCUGGAGGUGGAAGACAGCGGCGCUAACGGCGGUGGUGGGUCGGUAGUGGCGCAGUGGCGAGCGAAGCUAAUGGCACAGAGCCAGGAGGUCAUUGCGCUGCAGACAGCCUUGCAGGAUGCCAAGCUCCGCCACGAGCGCGAUCGACGCCAGCUGCGCGCGGAGAUCGACGUCUUGUCAGAACUGAACGAGAAACUGCAGCACCUUCAAGUCAACGCUGACGUUCGUGUACCAGAGGAGACGGCACAGCAGCAGUGCAAGCGCGUCAAACGAACACUAAACGCCGUGUACAGCCAGGUGGAGGGGCAACUGCUACAGCUUUCCUCUCUCCAGCGGCGCGCACGAGCUGGGGACCCACAAUCAUCGCGGACAGUGGACGAGGGUGCGUAUGUCGAGGGAGCACGUGAGGCAUGGAGCACCGACGGCAGCGGCAGCGGCGACUUGGUUGCCAUGGAUGACGUCUUGGCCAUCAUUAUGGAGGCUAUUCGAUCUGAGGCGCAGACGGUGGUGGCGCAGAUCCGCUCCGAUGAGGCGCAGCGGACGACCAAGAACGCUGAGCUGCGAGCACUGACGGUGGCGCGGCGCAGCGGGCAGCAACCAAGUCCGGCAUCUUCUCACGGGUACCCGCCCUCCGCAUCCUCCGCUCUCCUGGUGAGGUACGGGAUGGAAGAGGAAGUACGUGGGCCUUGGGUAGAGCACAGUACCGCAGAGAAACACGCGUCGACGACCCCGCCGCCACCACCGCUUCCACCGGUGCACACGACCGCAUCGCAGGACGCGCUCGCAGCCGUGGCGGCGGCUUUACUGCCGAAGGUGGCUCAAGCGGCAUCCAUGAAGGUGAGCGCAGCAGAGGCCGCAGAAGUCACAUACCGUGGCGACGGCCGCGUCUGUGAGGACACCGCAGUCAACCAGGCAACAGUUUCGCCAGUAACUGUUGAGGAGCCGCUUUGCUCCGAGAAAGGUGCGACAGGGGGUGGUGGUGAAAAUGGAGAUGCAGACCCAGUCGCGCGUCAGUCCUGCAAUGCACCCACCCGCACUGAUCUCGACGCUACUGCGGCUUCCUCAGCGGUCUCUUCCUCGGCCUAUGAGCGGAGGGUGGAGUUUGCUGACGUGGGCGAUGGUGAAGCACUGCGCUCGAAUGUCGCUGACAAUACCGAUGGUCACCAUGCCUUUUCUUCUUCCGUCCUCGCCGCUGCUGAUGAUGCUGCCGCCGCGUGGGCUCCAGGGGGUCUUUGCUCGAGUCCCGGCAUAGCUGAAAAGGCGCAACCAGUCCCCACGUCACACCCCACUGUAGCUACUACCGCCACCACCUCAAGUGCUCCAACGUGGGUGGGUGCCGACAGCCCGUGCAUGAUGCAUCGGGCGCACGACACACUAGAGGAGGUGCGCGCGGUGGACAUCGCGAGCGCUCACACCUCACGGCAUUCGGGGACUUCUUUAUCGUCGUCGUCUUCGUCGUCUACGCCUGCGAAGUCGAGCCGCAUGGCCACUCGACUUUCGGGGGACGCUCGAGCUUCGCCGCCACCGCCGCCCUUUGUUCCCCCGCCUGGGAACGAGGAUGAUGAUGGCGGGCGCCAUGGCGGCGAGGCCAUUGGCGACAGUCCUUCUGGUAGCAUGACAGCACCUGGCUGCACUCACGAACCGUGGACAGGGUCGCCCUAG